UGCAGUAAUCGCAGAAACCGCACCGACUGGCAGAGAAGGAAGAGAAGACACUUCUUUAAUCUGUUAGUAUGAUGGAGUUACUUUAUCAUUGAUAAUUACGUUUUCUGCUUAUGUCUCUGUGGCUCUUUUUCAGGCCUUAGUGCUUUUUCCCAGAUGUACAACCUGAGAUUCUAAUUUUGUGGAUGGGCAUUGCCUUGAGAAUGGAUGUUAGUGAACAGACAGAAAAGUGUCCUGAUAAAGAGCGACCUGCUUCAUCCUGCUUAUCCUUGAGAAGUGAUGCCUCCAUGCCCAAUCCUCCUGAAUUCUCCAAAGACACAGCUGAUGGCAGGUCAGUUCAAUUUGAAACCUCAAACACAUCUGCUUUAUCGUGUGCGUCUAUAAAAAGGGAUUCCUCCAUGCCAACUCAUCUUGACCUCACCAACAAAGACCCUGACAGAGACCAGUAUGACUCUCCAGAAUCAGCCAAAAUGGAUGGAAAUGCCAUAUUCAAGUUGGUGGAAAUCCAAGGCAUGGACAUUUUGAUGCAUGAGAUGAGAAAGUAUAAAGGGAUUCUUUUUCCAAAUUUAUCACAAUGUUCUGGGAGCGACAAGCAGGAUGAAGUCAGUUUGACCAGUGAAAAUACACAGCAAGAUGGAAGUGCCUGUGAGGGGGCUCUGAAGAUCACUCUCCAUGUCUUAAAGGAAAUGGGCCAAAAGGAGCUUGCAAACAAACUGGAGAAACACAUCUAUGGUGAGCUUGAUGUCUGCCAGCGCAAACUCAGAGACAAACUGAGAAAGUUUGAAUACAUUUAUGAGGGAUUGACGCAGCAUGGGAACCAGACGCUUCUGAACAAGGUGUACACUGAACUCUACAUCACAGAGGGGGUCAGUGGAACUGUCAACAAUGAACAUGAGAUCAGGCAGAUUGAGGCAGCAGCCAGGAGACCAGCAACAGAAGAUAAGCCAAUCAAAUGUGAAGACAUCUUUAAUCCCCUUUGUGGACAAGACAGAUUCAUUCGAACUGUGGUGACUAAAGGGAUUUCUGGCAUUGGUAAAACCAUCUCUGUGCAGAAGUUUAAUCUGGAUUGGGCCGAGGGGAGAGUUAACCAGGUUAUUCAGCUCCUUAUUAACCUCCCAUUUCGGGAGCUGAACCUGAUGAAGGAGAGACGGUGCACACUGACACAGCUUCUUCAUCAUUUUCUUACAGAGGCAAAAGAAUCAGGAAUUUCAAAUUUUGACAAAUACAAGGUUGUUCUGAUAUUUGAUGGGCUGGAUGAGUGCCGCCUGCCCCUGGACUUUGACCGCAACGAGCUCUGCUGCUCUCUCUCAGACGAAGCUUCAGUGGAUGUUCUCCUUACAAAUCUCAUGAAGGGGAACCUGCUGCCCUCUGCACGUAUCUGGGUCACCACCAGACCAGCAGCUGCAGGUCGCAUUCCAGUGGAUCUUGUUGACCGUGUGACAGAGAUACGAGGGUUCAACGACCCCCAGAAGGAAGAGUACUUCAAGAAAAAAAUUUCAGAUCAAAACAUGGCCAAAAAAGUCAUUUCACAUGUGAAGUCAACCAGGAGCCUCUAUAUCAUGUGUCACAUACCAGUCUUCAGCUGGAUAUCUGCCACCGUUCUGCAGAAGAUUUUACAAGAGACAGAAAGGAGACCAGAAGAGGACGAGGGCAGAGGAGAAAUGCCCAACACGCUGACACAAAUGUACACAAGUUUUCUGCGGUACAACUCACUGAUCAAAAGUCAGAAGUAUUCAGCAGGACAAGAGGAACCUGACACAAGAUCCCUGGAUGAAGAGAUGAUCUUGAAGCUUGGAAAGCUGGCCUUUGAGCACCUGAUGAAGGGCAACAUGAUCUUCUAUGAGAGUGAACUCAAUGAGUACGACAUUAGUGUCAACGACGCUGCAAUAUACUCAGGAGUGUUCACACAAAUCUCAAAGGAUGAUUUUGGGCUUCAUCUGGAGAGGGCUUAUUGCUUUGUACACCUCAGCAUACAGGAGUAUUUUGCUGCAAUGUACAUUUUUCACACAUUUGUCUGCUUCAAUCAGAACCUGCUGGAACCACAAGAAACCUCCACUGUCCAGGAGGCUCCCGUCGCAGUAACCCCCCUUCUCAAGAGUGCAGUGGAUCAGGCCUUGCAGCAUGACAACGGUCACCUUGAUCUUUUCCUUCGCUUCCUGCUUGGCCUCUCUCAGACAUCCAAUCAGACUCUGUUGAGGAGUGUUCUCCCCACACUGAGAAGCAAUUCAUCAAGAAAUCAAGAACUUGUUGAACACAUCAAGGAGAAGAUCAGGCAAAAUCCCUCCCCAGAGCGUUGCAUCAAUCUCUUCCACUGCCUCAGUGAGCUCAACGACCAUUCUCUUGUUGAGGAAAUCCAAAACACCCUGAGCUCUGGUAGCCUUUCAGAGACCACGCUGUCAUCUUCACAGUGGUCUGCUCUGGCCUAUGUGUUGCUGACCUCAAUGGAAGAGUUGGAUGAGUUUGACUUGAGGAAAUAUUCAAGAUCAGAAGAGGGUUUCCUGAAGCUGUUGUCAGUGAUUAAAGAAUCCAGAGUUGCCUUGCUCAAAGAAUGCAACCUCACGGAGAAAUGCUGCGAUGCGCUUGCAGCAGUUCUGAGCAGCUCAUGUGUGAAAGAAGUGGACCUCAGUAAUAAUGACCUGCAAGACUCUGGAGUAAAAUUGCUGUCUGCUGGACUGGCGAGUCCAACAUGCCAUCUGGAGAAACUGAGGCUCCCUUUUUGUGGAAUCACAGAGAUUGGCUGUGGCUUUUUGGCUGAAGCUCUGCGGGCCAAUCCCUCCCACAUGAAGGAACUGGAUCUGAGUUAUAAUCAUCCAGGGCAAGUGGGGAUGGAGCUGCUGUCCUCUGUACAGAAGGACAAUGAACACCUCACUGUCAGGUUGAACAACAAUGAGGAAUGCUACCUGAAGUCAUCUCUAAAGAAAUAUGCAUGCAAGUUGACUAUGGAUCUGAAUACAGCCCAUUCACACCUGCGGUUCUCUGAAGACAACAAGAAAAUGACACAUAUGGAAGCUGCUCAGCCAUACCCCGACAACCCAGACAGAUUUACAGACUGGGGCCAGGUGCUUUGUGCAGAGGGUCUGUGCGAUCGUUGCUACUGGGAAGUAGAGUGGACUGGGGAACGGACUGGCAUAGGAGUAGCGUACAAAGGAAUCAGCAGGAAAGCGACAGGUAACGAAUGUGUCCUUGGCUACAAUGAUCAGUCCUGGAGUCUGCGAUACUGCAAUGGAAAAUACACCGCCUGGUACAAUAGGAAUGAUGCACCCAUAUCUGUCCCCUACUUCAACUCCAAAAGGGUUGGAGUGUUCUUGGACUGGUCAGCCGGCACUCUUUCUUUCUAUGCAGUAUCAGCACCCACCAUGACUCACCUGCACACUUUCCACACUGAAUUCUCUGAGCCGCUGUAUCCAGGCUUCAGGCUGGGGAAUGUACAUUCUACAUUAACUCUGUGCCAGGCAGAAACACCUUAAAGGCCCAUGUUCAGAGUAUAUGUUGAUGGAAAAAUGUACAUAGAAACAAAUCAAAGCUGAAAAACGAGACAGUUCUGUCAACAAUACAAGGAACAUUUAAGAGAU